GUAAUCUAUGUAAUUAUUUCAAACAGCCACAAGUGGUUUUUAUAUGAGUGCACAUUAGAACAACACAUUGCAAAAAGGGAUUUACUUUGUGUGAAAUUGAUUAUAAAGUACUUUGUUGGAACGUGAAUAUUUAUCUUAAUUUGUUAUUGUAUAUUGGUCAAUUAGGAUGUAUAUUGGACCAUUAGUGAUCUUCCUUUUCUCAAUUUUGACAGCUGAAGCACAACAAUCAGAUAAUGUAUGCGACCUACCAAAAGUUGUAGGACCGUGUAAUGCCCGGAUGAAAAGAUUCUAUUACGACGUACAUUCAGGAAUGUGUGGAGAUUUUUACUAUGGUGGAUGUGACGGCAAUGAAAACAACUUCAAAACGAAAAAAGAAUGUAAAACCAUCUGCAAGAAACGAGUAUGCACUUUGCCGAAAUUUGGUGGACCAGGUGGAGUAGCUAUCCAAAGAUGGUUCUACAAUGCUGACACGAUGAAAUGUGAAACUUUUAUAUAUGGUGGAUGGAAUGGCAACAAGAAUAACUUCAGAUCAAAAACAGAAUGCGAGGGAUCAUGUAAUGGCGUCAAGAAAGAUCCUUGUGGACCGUUGCCACCAUGUCCUAGUCCUCCAUUUGGCUCUUGUUUCGGUUUCUCAUAUCGCAUCAUAAAUGGUGUGAAAUGUAUAACAGGUUGUAAUUUUGGAUGUCCGCAGAAACCUUGCCCGAAAGAUCCGAUAGAAACAUGUUCAUCUUGUAAUCUGCUUCUUGGCAGUAAAUGUGACGAGGAAAAAAUAUGUUGCUCCGGAUGUUGCCGAGAUCCAGUUCUAGAUCCUAAGCCUGGGAAAUGUCCAAAUGAUCCUAGUCAAUUAACUGCACAACGUACAUGUUAUCUCAGGAAGUCUGAAUGUGAACGUGAUAGCCAAUGUGACGGUAAACGGAAGUGUUGCCAGUUCUCUUGCAGGAAUUUAUGUGUGGAUCCUGACAAACAAAGAACUGAUGCACAACUAGUAAACAAUGUCUGCGAUCUAAAGAAAGAUGUCGGACCAUGUAAUGCCAGGAUGAGAAGAUAUUAUUUUGACGUAAAUUCUGGAGAGUGUAAACUGUUUUUCUAUGGUGGAUGUGACGGCAACGAAAAUAACUUCAAAACGAUGCGAGAAUGUCAUACUGACUGCGAAAAACGAGUAUGUACUUUGUCAAAAGAUAAUGGGUCUGGUGAAGCUGAAAUCAAAAGAUGGUUUUACAAUGCUGACACAAUGAAGUGUGAAACUUUUAUAUAUGGUGGAUUGUAUGGUAACAAGAAUAACUUCAAAACAAAACGAGGAUGCGAAAAACUGUGCAAUGGCGUCAAGAAAGAUCCAUGUGGGCCAAUACCACCGUGUGUUCCUCCCCCUCCAAAUUAUACUUGUGGUGGAUUCACAUAUGACGUGAUAAAUGGCGUAAAAUGUAUUACUGGUUGUUUUCAUUCACGAUGUAAACAGGGAUCCUGUCCAACAAAUCCAGUUUUAGUAUGUACACGUAAUUGUUUGAUUGACGAUGAAUGUGCUGAAAACGAGUUAUGUUGCUCUGGCUGCUGUCGAAUUCCAAUUCUAGAUCCCAAACCUGGAAAAUGCCCAAAUGAUCCUGGACAAUUCAUCACACAACAACAGUGCUAUGCAAGAAGGUCUGAAUGUGAAAGAGAUAGUCAGUGUGAGGGCAAAAGGAAGUGCUGCAGGUUCUCUUGUAUGAAUUUCUGUGUGGAUCCAGAAAAAUAAAAUAAAAAAAUAGCCACAAUUGU